GACUAUUUGUCCUUUUUGUGGUGCGCUAUCAGUUUUAUCUGCUUUUAAACGUGAGUGGCUGCGAUUUUACUCACCGAGCCGCGGGCCGAUCAACGCCAUUGGGAACAGUGCUGAGACAGAAGUUGUGGCGCGUAGAUAAAAGUCCAGGGCCACUAUGAGCGAAAAGGAGAAGCUGCACUCAACAGAAAAAGUGUACAAGCCGUGCGAAUAUUCGACGGAAAACACUGGUAAUUUCAAGUCUAAUCUUGCUCAGUUCUACGUGACGUGUGUAGAAUGCAUUUUCUUGAUUUCGCUCGGGAUGCAAUACGUGAUGCCGACGAUUGUCGUGGGGGCGCUGCAUAACAAAGUCGGCGAUAGCAUGGCCCUGGACGACACCACUGCGUCCUGGAUCGGUAGCAUCCUAUACUUCUGCCAGCCUCUGGGGAGUGUAACCUCAGGGUUCCUAUCGGAGCGGUUCGGGCGGAAGGGUGCCAUGAUGCUAGUGAACGUUCCCUUCGUAGCCGGCUGGAUCCUGCUCUACUACGCGACCUCGGUGCAGGGGCUCUGCAUCGCGACGCUGACCAUGGGCCUGGGCAUCGGCUUCUGCGAGGCCCCGAUCGCCGCCUACAUCGGCGAGGUGAGCCAGCCCCACCUCCGCGGGAUCUUCACCGCCAUGACCACCGCCGCCUGCCAGCUCGGCAACCUCAUCGAGCUCUUCGUCGGAUCCGUCUUCGACUGGCGCACCUCCGCCCUCAUCAGCACUGUCAUCCCCCUCAUCUCGCUCAUCUCGUUUACCACCAUCCCUGAGUCUCCUGUAUGGCUCAUAACCAAAGGGAAAAUGGAAGAAGCGCAAAAGGCACUUGGGUGGCUGCGAGGCUUUUUGGAGCCACAUCACGUUCAAAAAGAAUUCGAUGAGAUGGUCCGCUACGCUAGGAUGUCGAACACUUUAUCAAGUGAACCGGGAGAAAACUUCAGUGAAAAAAUUCCACUUGACAGUGAGAAGAUCCCGAUAAAAGAAGUAUCUGACGGCUUUUUCAAACAACGAUAUAGAGAAUUGACAAAUCCAAAGCUCUUUCUGCCACUUCGAAUGAUUUUCAUCACAUUUUUCUUCACUCAAACUGCCAGUCUAGCACCAUUCAGAGCUUAUUUCGUCAGAAUACUUGACCAGUUUUGGUUUCCGAUUCAAUCAAGAUGGGUUUUGGUAAUGACAGGAGCAACUGCGUUUAUCGGCUCAGUGACAGCCAUAUUCAUCUUGCAAAAGACCGGAAAAAGACGGGUGAUGCUCUUCUCGAUGGCGGUCAACUUGUUAGCCACGUUCAUCCUGGCGAUUUAUGCCACUUUCUUUACACACACGGUAGACAUGACCGUGUCCUGGAUUCUCAUCGUCACAUUCGGCAUCAGCUACUUUGUCGGUUCCCUCGGGAUCAAUAACAUCCCGUGGAUGAUGCUCUGCGAGGUAUUUCCUGUCCGAGCGCGUGGCAUCGCUUCCGGUCUUUCAGCCGCUUGGUCGUAUUUCGUGCAGUUCGUCAUGACCAAGACCUUCCUCCAGACGGAAUCUUUGAUCGGGCUCAGUGGAAUGUUCUACAUGUAUGCGCUGAUCAGUGUAGGUGCAUGCAUCUACACGUACCUGUGCGUACCUGAAACCGAGGGCAAAUCACUGGAGCUUAUUGAGACGUACUUCACGAAGAACUGCGACAGGAAACAGAAAUUCAGGAUGCUCAAGCGGGGAAGGAAUCCUUCGAAAGCCUAAGGACGCUUUCCAAGUCUAGUUGAAAAGUCAAAUCAAAAUUCUCAAAAAUUGGCAACACAGUCUCGACUCCAUUUAAAUGUACGUAAAAGGAUCGAUUUUUAGAAUGGAUUCAAAGGAGGAAUAGUAGUGUUGCCAAUUAAUUAAAAUCGCCAAUGAUGCAGUCUGAUCUUAGAUGAGGUGCAAUUUUGGAGCCACCGUGCACCUUGGCAUGGUUUCAAGGGAACGGCGUUGAAACAGAGAUGAGUCGGCGCUAUAACCGGGGCGGUAGAAUGUAGCAAUGAAGUUGCAGUUUUAAGAGCCGAAGAAAAUGACCAGUGUAAUAAGAUAAGAGUGAAAAGAUUAAUCGCUAAACUGAGUAAAUGCAUGAACUUGUUGGGCAAGUUUUCGGAAAAACUGAACUAUUAGUUAAUUUGAGAGAGUAGUAUACGGAAAUAAAGAAUUCCACUCCAAAAUUACAUGGGCCUCACGGGAGAGAAAUAACACGCGUUUUUAUGGAGUAAUCCGGCCUCCUGUUUUACAUGUGAGUAUUACAGGGGGCCAGAUUUCUCCAUAAGAACGCGCGUUAUUUUUCUCCCGUAAGGCCCAUGUAAUUUUGGAGUCGGAAUCCUCAUUUCCGUACUACUUGAGAGGAGCAAUCGAGAGAGCUCACGUGUAAUUUUUUUAGGUUAAUUGAAAGACUAGACUGACCUUUGAGUUGAAUGUAAGCGUCAGCGUAUAUGCUGCUACUCAUACUUGCUGAAAAUAUGUUGCUGUAGCUAACUAUCCAUUAUUAAGAUAGUAAAUUACAUAUACGUGAUAUUUUAUUUCCUUAUGAUACCUGGUGCAUUGAUGUGCAAAAAUUAAGGUGACAUGCAAGUGUAGUAAAGAAAAAUAUAAUUAUUACUACCACUAUUUGAUAAGUAACAAAAAUACCAAUUCAAAAAGAAUUAAUUCGGUGCCUGAUACAGUGAUACAUGACAGUGAUAAAGAAUAGGUUUGAGAAAAUAAAGUCAAAUUUGGUUUAUUCAAUUACCUUAGUGUAUGGUGCAAGAGGUUUUCUCCUCUUUUUUGCGUUAAACUUAAAGACGAAAAUUGUUGAGAUAAUUAUCGCGAAGAUUUGGACAGUGGUUAGGGAGAAUAUGUAUUAUAAAAGAUAAAAAAGUCUAAUGCUUAAGCUCUAAUACACAAACCACGAAACUGCGAAAAACUCCAACACUCAACGCCAUCUAGGGAGGAAUGAAAAUCAUUUUAUCCUGUAAAAAUGUAUAAUAUUUGUACUUGUGUGGUAUAAUUGUAAAUAAAACUUUUUAUAUGAAUUGUA